AUGACAUUUUACAUGUCAUUUUUCCCGCACUUUUUGUACGUUUUGGAAUCUAAAACAAAUUUACAUACGUCGAUGACCGAAGAAGAAGGGGUGGAACAAGAACAGGUCGAGAAUCCAAAAGCAUAUCUAACACCAGAUUACUUUUACGAUGAUCAGAAACUGUUUGAUGAAUCCCCUGCAAAAACAGAAUUCGACACAAAUUUCAAUUUGUACAAUAUAUUCAGCUUUGAUCUAUCCCGAAGAUAUAAUGCUAUUCCAAUCAACGAAACCACCGUCGUUAUUACAGUAGGAAACUUCGCAAUGAUAUACGAUCUCGCUACAGGCGAAGAACAAAAAAUCUACGGCCACAACAAAGGAGUUAAUUGUUGUGCAGUACAUCCUAACAAGGAAUACAUCGCAUUCGGUGAAGCUGGUAAAGAUCCAAUGCUUCUAAUAUAUCAAUAUCCAUCAAUGAAAUUAUUCAGAGUAUUAAAAGGCGGUACAGAACAAGCAUACACAUGCAUGAACUUUUCCCCAGAUGGCACAAUGCUUGCCGCUGUCGGUACUUUCCCUGACUACAUGUUAACGGUCUGGGAUUGGGAAAGGGAAACAUUAAUCUUGAGAGCAAAGGCUUUCUCACAAGAUGUUUAUCGCGUUGUAUUCUCAGAGAACUUAAAGGGCCGCCUCUGCACUUCAGGCGUUGGCCACAUCAGAUUAUGGGAAAUGGCUAAAACGUUUACAGGCCUCAAACUACAAGGUGAAAUUGGUAAAUUCGGUAACAUCGAAAUUUCAGAUACAUCUGGCUUUGCAAUGUUCCCUGAUGGCAAAGUUUUGUCCGGUUCUGAAUCCGGUUCUUUGCUUUUAUGGGAAGAUGCUUUCAUCAAAUGCGAAUUUGUAAGAACAGGUGGCAAGAGAUGCCAUAAGGACAUGAUUGAACUCGUUUAUCAUCAAGGACAGAACGUUAUUACAGCAGGCCGCGAUGGAGCAAUCAGAGUCUGGGAUUUCCAAACAAUCGAUACAGCAGAAACAGAAGAUACAUCAGUAGCUAUCGACUUAACUCAAAAGGCGAAGCUUCACAUCUCAAAUAAUUCCUCAAUCAAAUGCAUGUAUCCAGUUGGAACAGAAUGGCUUGUUGUCGAUGAGAAACAAGGUAUCUGGCGUGCAGAUAUUGAAGGAAGAAAAGCAGAACUCCUCCAGAAAUCCCAUUCAGGAGCAAUCAGAGCACUUUCAUUCUCUCCAUCAGGAGCUCUCUUCAUUACUGGUGGCGAUGAUGGCUUUGUUCGCCUUUGGGAUAUCACAGAAAAGAAGAUGCUCAGCGAAUUGCAUUUCGAAGCGGCAGUUACAAAAAUCCUUUGGAUCAAUGAGAACGAAAACGAUGUAGUAUUCGCUGGUUUCGCCGAUGGCUGCUUAAGAAUCAUUCUUGCUACAGCAAAUGGUCUUACUCUCAAACAGCCACUUAAACCACAUACAGGUGCAAUCCGUGAUAUCCAACAGAGCCCAACAUCAAAGUUGGUCGCUACAACAGGUGACGAUGGCGCUUUGUUCUUCAUGAGAUUUGAUAAUUUGACACUUGAACCUCUCGGAUUCGUUUACGUUAACGGAAAGAAGCCAAAGACAAAAGAAGAGAUCACACAGGAAGCUAUCAGCGGCAAGAAGAUCGAAGACGACAAAGAAUAUGCAAGAGGUCUUCGUAUCAGAUGGGGAAACAUGAUCUCCGUCGAAUGCAGUGAUGGCAAGAUCGCUACAAUCGCUUCUCCAACAACAUUCCCUGAAGAUUCAACAGAAUCUUAUUUCAUAGACCUUCCAGUCGAAACAAUUGACAAAGGUGCAGCCGAUGAAAAUAUUACAGCUUCAUUCACUGUUGACGAAAUGACCGAAAUCAAGGGCACAAAAGAAGGCCAGAUAAUUUUCGGAAAUCUUACAAAGAACAUUCACUCAGCACCAGUGACAUCUAUCGCUUUAUCACCAGAUAAAGUAUGGCUUGCAACUGCUUCUGAGACUGGAGAACUCUUCCUGUUCAAGGAAAGCCAAGUUCAAGGCAGAAAUCUUCCAAAGCAAGAACUCAAAGCUGUCGAAGUUGCUCCUGUUGAAGAUAUCCAGGGCACAGGAUACUCCAUUGAAGAAGAGAAACAGAAAUCCGAACUCGAUCGCAGAAUUAAGGCUGCAGAGCAACAGAAAUCUCUUAUUCGUAAGGAGAUUGAAACCCUCAGACAGAAAUUCGCUGCUUUGGUCACUCAAAACUCCAAAGCUCCAAAGUAUAUGCAGUUAGAUGACGCUGCCUUCAAGAUUGAUCCAUUCCUCUUCGAUUUAAUGGAAGAGCAAGCAGUCAAUCUCGAGAAGGAAGCAUCUAGGAACACAAUGUUCGCUGCAGAAAAGUCUAGAGUUCAUUUCCGAAAAGUCAAAUCUCGAUUGGUCGGUGACAUGACCGAAGAAUCCUUCACAGUUACAUCAACAGAUGGCAAGAAGGAAGUUUCCUCGUUCAGAAUCACAGAACUCGAUCCAGUUGUCCUAGAAGUCAUUCAGCAAUCGACUCCAAACGAACAACCAUCAGACGAAGAAGGCGAGACACAAGAAACAGAAGCUGUUGCACAAGCUGACACAGAAAGUACAAUUUCUGAGUCUUCAAACAAAGAACAAGAAGUUCAACAGCAAAAGCCAACAAAAGCCAACAAAUUCGGACGCCAACCACCUCUCAAGAAGGUUGUUCACACUCCAGAUGAACACACAAGAAAGCGUGAGAAGAGAGACAGAAGAAGAAAGAAGAUCAUGGAACAAAAACCACCGGCCAAUUAUUCAGAUCCACAAGAUUUGAAGGAAAUCGAAAUUGCUAAGCGAACAAUUGGUGAUUACAAACUAAAGGAUGAUCCAUCAUACAUUGCUCCUGAGAAUGAACGUGUCAAUGCCACAAAGAAGAGGAGACAGUUGAUGAUGCUUUUGAAGGCAAUUCAAGAUCUCAAACUCGGAUUCAACCAGAAACUCAAAGAUUUGGCCGAACUCAAGAAGAGCCUUCAGAAAUCAGUUGACGAAACAAACAGACAAUUAUUGGAAAUCAGAGGAACAAUUGGUUACGAUCCAUUAAACCCUGAACUCAUCAGAAUCCAUGAAAACAGAUUCGAACCUCUUGUUCUCGAUGAAAAAGUCAACAUCACGAUUCCUACUCCUGAAGCGAUUUCUUUCGCCGAACAAGUUGCUGCAGCUGCAAGAAGAAGAAACGAAGCACAGGCAGGAAAGCAGAAACAAGCUGCACAACCAGCACAUAGACAGAACGCAAAGAGGAAACAACAAGCACCGGCAAAGAAGAAGAAAUCUCAAGAUGAAGCUCCGAAAUUCACGGAAAUCGAACAAAUCGAAAUGAACGAACUCUCCGCAGAACUCGCUUUCAAACGCAAGAUGCUUAUUUCCAACAUUUCCAAAGCUAUUGCGAAAUUCAACGCUAAGGUUGACGAGAUCGCUGUUGAGAAAGUUCAUGCACAAACAGAAGUUGUUCUUGCUGAAUUGAGAUUCAUUUUGAUGCUUAGAGAAUUCAAGCUUCUUUCCAAACUCGAGUUGAAGGAUGCAGAACUCAAUGGAAAACUUCGUGCAAAGGCCAGCGAAAUGAAGGCAAUUUCAAACGAAGUUGCAGCUCACAACAAACAGAUCGCUCAGAAGACACACGAAAUUGAAGAAAACGAGAAAGAAGUCAAAGGAUUCUUGAAGCAAUUCCACGAAAUUGUCAAUCCAACACACAAAUUCCAUGAUCCUCUUCUCAGAAUCUUCAACUUCAACAUGAGAAAGAACCAAGACAAAGCCAAUGCCGACGAAGAAGAAGUCGAUUUGACACAGCUCGAUGUCGACGCCAUCAAGAAGAUGUUCGAGAAACAGAACGCAGAGAAGGAAGAAGACAUUUGUCCACAGGGAUGCGAUCCAGCAUUAUUCGAACAAGUUUUGGAUCUCAGAGAAAAGAGAAUGGACUUCCAAGACAAAAUCUCAGAGGCACAGAACGCGAAAGAGAAAAUCCAGCGCCAGAUCGAUACAAUCCAGUUCAAGACAAAGAACUUGCAGACUGUUUACCAACAGAUCAAGCAAGAGUUCGAGGAAUUCCAGCACGAAAAGCAGCGCCAUCUCAACGAGCUCAACUUCUCUCUCUCAAUCCAAUUCCACCAGAUAAAGAACCUCAUCGCAAAGGAGAUUCCUCAGGGAGAAGCAAGACCACCACUCAUCGUCAAAUCGAUGCCAACAGAUCUCUCCGACAGCUUGAUCUUCACGGAAAGCGGAUUGAAACAACUCGCAGACCAAGAAGUCAAACUCAGAACAGACAGAGAAUCUGCUCACAAGCUUUUCGAAGCAGAUGUUUCAUCGUUCAAAGCUGAUAAGGACACUUUGGACUCAAGCAUGAAACAGCUCGAAGAAAGACAGGAGAAACUUGCUGGUAUUCAACGUCUUAAGUUUGGAGAACCUGUUGAUUUGGUCGAGUUGGAACAGAUGAAGGUCAACAAAGAUGCAGACGCUGUCAGAGCACAAACAAAGGAAAUCGAAACAGAACAGAACGCUGAGAUGGAAGAAAUCAAUAAACAGAUCAAGGAUAUGACUGCUCAGCUCACACAGGAAAUCCAGAGAAAUACAGCUGUCUUGGGAUCCCUUGUUCAAUUAACAGAACAAAGAAGAGACAUCGAAGCAGUUCUUCAGAAUUCAAGAAAGACUGCAACAGCUGAUGAUUUGUCUCAGGAUUUGGAGCUCACAGAUCCAAACGAGCUCCUCCAGGAAGUCGAAAAGAACAAUGAUAUCAUAGAGCAACUUGAAGAGGAAAUAGGCCUUCUUAAACGCCGUUAA